AUGUUAUUAUUCAAGAUCCAAUCAUCUGCAUGCGCUAUGACGUCCAUCGACUGCCUUAGAAUGGCGGUGAUCGCACGAAUUUGCGAGUAUUUGGAUGUGUCAGAUCUCGUGAAUAUGUGCUCGGCCAUUCGAGGUUGGAGGGGUGUGCUCAAGGAUCCUCCAAUGCAAACACGUCUCCUAGACUACGUGAGAAAUAUCAAAUGGCUUGAUAUCAAGCUAUUUCAACUAUUUCGAUCGGUGAAUGAGUUGGGGCUUUGCAUGGGUAAACUGCAUACCAUCCGACAUCACGCCUCUGAGGAGAUGGAGAUACGGCUGUCGCGUUCCAAAUCCGAUAGACUCCCAACCGCCGCCACCACCACCAACACUGACACCAAGUGUCCCGUUUAUUUGAGAAUAUUUGAGAUGGAUUUAUUUAGUGGUGGACAGACGUUCCGACAGCACGCAGGAAUGUCUUACAUUUCGUAUACUAAACCAGCUGAUUUAUUCCACGACAAUGCCGUCAUCUGGUACAGCCUAGGUCCUCAAUCUGAGGUACCUGGAAAUCAGCCUCCACAAAGGCAAUCCAGAAAUCCGCCCCAUCCCUCCACGAUUCCACCUCCGCAUCUCGAGUGGAUUUUCUGUAAGCUUAUUGCUCAACUUCUAUUGGUCCCAUCUAUACAUUUGUUGCAACACGAAUACUUAGGACAAAUAUCUUAUCUCAUAUUGUAA